UGUUUCAUUUUUCCCACUUUUGGGGCUCAAAUUCAAUUCUGGCUAAAGUAUUUGGGUAAUUUUCUAAUUUUAUAUGUACCGUCGUCACUGAGUUCGAACUCGAGAAAGAUUUGUAAUUGUAGCACGGUGAUAGAUAGCCGCAACGCUGUGUGCGUUUCCCCUCCACUUAAAAUUGUUACCACUCAAUAAACACUUCAACUUUCUAGUGGUAAAAUGGCGAGAAUGGCUUGCUCUCAUCUUCUUCCUUCAAUGGCUACCCCGCUCAAGUCUUCUUUCCUCAAUGGCUCUUCUCAUCAGUGGUUACGACUCUCAGAAUCUAUGCAUCCUGUGGUACUCAUCAAAAGGCGCUUCUCCGUCGCUAAGAUAAGCAUGAGUUUACGUGCCGGCAUCGUUGGCCUUCCUAAUGUUGGGAAGUCUACGCUGUUCAACGCCGUUGUUGAGAAUGGAAAGGCUCAGGCUGCCAAUUUUCCUUUUUGCACAAUAGAGCCAAAUGUCGGGAUAGUUGCUGUCCCUGAUACACGUCUCAAUGUUCUUUCUGAUAUAAGCAAAUCCAAACGAGCAGUCCCGGCUUCGAUAGAGUUUGUCGAUAUUGCUGGGCUUGUAAAGGGAGCCAGUCAAGGGGAGGGCUUGGGGAAUAAGUUCUUGUCACAUAUUCGUGAAGUGGAUUCCAUACUUCAGGUAGUACGUUGUUUUGAGGACAAUGACAUUGUUCAUGUGAACGGGAAGGUUGAGCCAAAAGCUGAUAUUGAUGUAAUCAACUUGGAAUUAAUAUUCUCAGACUUGGAUCAGAUUGAGAAAAGAAUGGAGAAACUCAAAAAAGGCAGAACCAAAGAUUCACAAGCUAAAGUAAAGGAGGAAGCAGAAAAGUCUGCCUUGGAGAAAAUACAACAAGCACUACUGGAUGGAAAACCAGCACGAUCAGUAUCUUUGUCGGAAUUUGAAAAGGAGGCUAUAAAACAGCUUUGUCUUCUAACAAUGAAGCCUGUCAUAUUUGUGGCAAAUGUAGCGGAAUCAGAGGUAGCUGAGCCUGAAAAUAAUCCUCAUGUCAAGGAAGUAAUAAAAAAAGCUUCCGAGUUAAAUUCUGGUGUGGUGACUAUUUCAGCGCAGGUUGAGUCUGAGCUAUCUGAACUUCCUUUAGAAGAAAGAAUGGAAUAUUUGAAAUCUCUUGGUGUCAAUGAAAGUGGCCUUGGAAAUCUUAUCAGAGAAACUUAUGGUCUCCUAGGGUUGCGGACAUACUUCACUUCUGGCGAGAAGGAAACCAAAGCAUGGACCAUCCUCACAGGAAUGACUGCUCCCCAAGCAGCUGGGGUUAUUCACUCCGACUUUGAAAAGGGCUUCAUCAGGGCAGAGACGGUUACUUAUGAUGACUUUGUUUCUGCUGGUUCAUUUGCAGCUGCAAGGGAGAAAGGACUUUUGAGGUUAGAAGGGAAAGAUUACGUUGUGCAAGAAGGGGAUAUAAUGCUGUUUCGGUUCAAUGUCUAAUUGAAACACAACUGGUGAAGGAGAUGUCACAAAUUUUUAUGAUGCCCAUUGUUGUUCUGAACCAUUCAGAUUUCAGAGACAACAAAUUUUGCUACGAGAGCUUUUUUUCGUGAAGCCUAUAUUUUAUGAGCUAACCAGAUUUGUGAAUUUUAAGGCACUGCAACUGGUGCUGAUGAGAUAUAUUUAUGGUUUUCACUCAGCUGCUACAAAUCUCAAUUUUGGCUCGUCAUGUAACAUUCAAUGUCCAUAGGUCUUUUGACUUCAUGUAUUAUUGUUGUAAUUCUUUCACCCUUACUACCUCCCCCAUACGCCUUAGAUGGGCACUGCAUAUGAUUUAGAAAUAAAUGGAAAGAAGAAGAUUCGAAGUAGAAUUUUUUGACUGUUUGAUGGUUAUGAAUUGUCCCGACAGUCGGUAUUCAUAUAAUUCUAUAGCUUGAAAGCUUAGCUGCAUGGUUGAUGGAGAUACUUGGAACUUCUUUUUGCUCAUUUGUCUUCUUGAUUUAAUUCGUGAGAGUAUUAAAUAAAUGGAUUUUGGUAGCUUGACCAAACAGGGAUAAAUAUAGAUGACGUCCUUGCUUUGACUUGCUGCUUUCACAGUUA